GUCACUUUGAAGUCAUUCUUAAUUAGUCUUUUCAUUUUCCCAUUUCUUCCUCUCCGAUUCUUGCUUUGUGUCGCUCUGUGUCCUUAACAAAGUGAGCUAUCCCAACAUGGAAUGUAACAAGGAUGAAGCUAGAAGGGCAAUGGAUAUCGCUGCGAGGAGAGUUUCAGAGAGUGAUUACAACGGAGCCAAGAAAUUUGUUAACAAAGCUCAGACUUUGUAUCCUAACCUUGAUGGUUUGAAACAAGUGUUGAUGAUGAUUGAUGUUUAUAUCUUUGCAUCAGACAAGACCAACGGAGAAGCUGACUGGUACGGAGUUCUCGGUGUUGACCCUUUGGCUGAUGAUGAUGCGGUGAAGAGACAGUACAAGAAGUUGGCUCUUUUGCUUCAUCCUGAUAAAAACAAGUUUAAAGGCGCAGAAGGUGCUUUUAAGCUUCUUUCACAAGCUUGGUGUUUGCUAUCUGAUAAGGUCAAGAGAAGUGCUUAUGAUCAAAAGAGGAAGUCCAAAGAAGCAAAGACCCCAAUGCAGAAACCACCAAACCCAUCAACACACAAGCCUGCUUCUCACAAUGGGAAUCAAAAUGCUGGAGGAGGUGUGUACACGAGUGCUGGCCCUGCUGGGGCUUCAAGUGAUAAGCCUGCUAAUGGGAUGCCAAAACCACCAAACCCAACACCCAAGCCUGCUUCUUAUAAUGUAAAUCAAAAUGCUAGAGGGGGUGUAAAUACUAGUGCUGAGGCUUCAAGUGAUAAGCCUGCUAGUGGGAUGCCAAAACCACCAACGCCACACAAGCCAGCAUCUUCUAAUGGGCGUCACAAUGCUAGAGGCGGGUAUCCGAGUGCUGGGGUUACAAGUGAUAAGCCUGCUUGUGGGAUGCCAAAACCACCAAAUCCACACAAGUCACCAUAUUCUUACGUGUAUCAAAAUGCUAGAGACCGUGUGGAUCCGAGCCCUAAAGCUACGAGUUAUACGCAUGCCCCUUCUCCUACCCCUACCUUUGCCUCUGCUGAUUCACCAAAUAUGCAGAAAUAUGGUAUGUUGUGGACAAUUUGCAAUAGAUGCAAGACACAAUGUCUACAUCUGGAGCAUUAUUUUGGUUGCAAGUCCAUACCUUGUCAAAAAUGUGGUCAUCUUUUCACUCCAACCCAAGUUGUGAAACCAGUCAACUGCUCAUCAUCUUCUCAACAACAACAACAAAAUAGUGCUCAAAAGAAAGCAACAAACAAGAACACCAAUGGAGCUUCUUCUUCUCCAUCUGCAGCUCAGAAAACUCCACAAGCAAGUGCCAAAAGCCAAGCAACAAACAAAAACACAAAUGGAGCCUUUUCUUCAGGGAAUGUUUAUGCAUCAUCUGCUAGUGUAGCCGCGACAACUCCAUUGGCAAGCGUUGUGAGGCCAGUCCACCCCUCUUCGUUUCCUACAAAACAACAACAAUGGAGUGCCCAAAAUAUAGCAACAAACAAAAGCACCAACGAAGCUUCUUCUUCUAGGAUAAACUGUUCGACAUCAACUAGUGCAGCUCCAAAACCUCCACAAGCAAGUGCUAAAAGUCAAGCAACUAACAAAAACACAAAUAAAGCCUCUUCUUCACAGAUAUUUUCUUCACCAGCUGUUAGUGCAACCGCGAAAACUCCACAGGGAAGCUUUAUGAGGCCAGUCGUCAACCUCUCAUCAUCUCCUCAACUACAACAACAACAACAAUGGAGCGCCCAAAGCACAAGUGAUGGUACCUAUUCGCAGACAUUUUCUUCAUCAUCGGUUAGUUAUACCUAUAGUUUUCAGUGGAAUUGUUCAGUGUCAGUAACGGGAAAUUCUAGUAGCACAGAUGUUGCAAAUCAAGCGCAAGAAAGUUUGAAAAGAGUACAAGAGGAGUCACAGAAAGCGGUUGCUGUUGCAGAGAAGGUUCUUAAGAAGCCAAGGGCAAAUGGGAGAUAUAAACAGUAAAAGACUUGUCACAAAUGUCUUGAAGUUGCUGAGUUCUGGUUUCUGCCUUUCAGGAAUGCUUUAUGAUAUGAUAUGAAACUCUUUUUCAUCUCUAGACUUAACUACAGUGGAACAAGAUUUCAUGAUUUCAUCCUGGUGUAGUUUAAAGAUUUGUGGUAGAUCCUUUUGAUUCAAGAAAAUUUGGUUACAUGA